UUAUAUGUUUGCUAAAUUGUAUACAAAAUUUAUUGAUUUAAUUUAAUUGCAAUAGAAAGAAAAGAAAAAUGGUUCAGUUUUUGGGAAGAAAACGCGCGGCGGGGGUUGACUCCGAUGAAGAAAAUAAGACCGUGGGAACCCCAAAAAAAUCCGAAGUGUGGAAAUAUUUUGAAAAAGGAAAGGAUGGUUGUGCGGUGUGCAGAAAGUGCUUUAAGGUCUGCAAAACAAGUGGAAAUACAACAAACGUUAAAAAUCACUUAACACGCAUGCAUCCAUCGCUGCAAGAGAGUGAAUUGGCACCCAAGUUCGGUAGCAUUUUGCACUUUGUAAAUAAAAAAUAUGAGGCAACGUCCGCUGAGAGUGAGAGGAUGUUUAGCAAAGCUGGAAUGAUUGCUAAUUCCAGAAGGGCGUCAUUUAACCCGGAAACAGACAACAAACUAACUUUUUUAAAUAAAAACCAAUGGGUUUUGUAAUUUUUAUUUUUUUUUCAAACUGCCAUGGAGGCAAUUGUUUUUGUUAUUAUUAUAAUAUAAUUUUAAGGAGCAUAGUGAAUUUGAGCUUUAAUGAAUUGCUGUUUUAGGUUUAAGUUAAUGAAAAAUAAUUUGUUAUACGACUUUGUUCGGUUGAAUAAAUUUGUUUUUGUUUGA